CCUGGGGGAGGGAGCGUUUAACCAGGGCCGCCGCCAAGAUGAUGCCCACACCUGUUAUCCUGUUGAAGGAAGGGACGGACACUUCCCAAGGCAUCCCGCAGCUGGUUAGUAACAUCAGCGCUUGCCAAGUGAUUGCGGAAGCCGUCCGGACUACGCUGGGCCCCCGGGGCAUGGACAAACUCAUUGUGGACGACAGAGGCAAAGCGACCAUUUCCAAUGAUGGCGCCACCAUCCUGAAGCUUCUCGAUGUGGUCCAUCCUGCUGCGAAGACACUGGUGGACAUUGCCAAGUCCCAGGAUGCAGAGGUCGGGGACGGCACCACGUCGGUGACUCUCCUGGCGGCCGAAUUCUUAAAGCAAAUCAAGCCCUAUGUGGAGGAAGGCCUUCACCCCCAGAUCAUCAUCCGGGCUUUCCGCACGGCCACACAACUGGCAGUGGAUAAGAUCAGGAAGAUUGCCGUCACAAUCAAGAAGACAGACCAGGGAGAGCUGAUGGGCCUGCUGGAGAAGUGCGCCAGCACCGCUUUGAGCUCCAAGCUGAUUUCCCAGCAAAAGGAGUUCUUCGCCAAGAUGGUGGUGGACGCGGUCAUGAUGCUGGAUGAGCUGCUGCAGAUCAAAAUGAUCGGCAUCAAGAAGGUGCAAGGCGGAGCGUUGGAGGAUUCCCAGCUGGUGGCUGGAGUGGCCUUCAAGAAAACCUUUUCCUACGCCGGGUUCGAGAUGCAGCCCAAAAAGUACGAGUCGCCCAAGAUCGCCCUGCUGAACAUUGAGUUGGAGCUGAAAGCCGAGAAGGACAACGCGGAAAUCCGAGUCCAGAAUGUGGCGGACUACCAGGCCAUCGUGGACGCCGAGUGGAACAUUUUAUACGACAAGCUGGAUAAGCUCCACAAAUCCGGGGCCAAAGUUAUCCUGUCCAAACUGCCCAUCGGAGACGUGGCUACUCAGUACUUCGCAGACCGGGACAUGUUCUGCGCUGGCCGGGUCCCCGAAGAGGAUCUGAAGAGGACCAUGAUGGCCUGCGGAGGAUCCAUCCAGUCCAGCGCAAACGCCCUCACGGACGACGUCCUUGGACGCUGUGCGCUCUUUGAGGAGGCCCAGAUUGGAGGGGAGAGGUAA